AUGGGUGCAUCUUCCAUACUCCGCAAACUGGAGGUCGACAGGGAAGGUAUCAGCGAAGAGCAUUCGCUACUUGUUAACCACGACCUGUUACCAGUGCCGCCCGAGAAUCGCACCUGGACAAAGUGGACCUACUCUCUCUUCUGGUUUGGCGAAUGUUUCAGUGUGACCUCAUGGACCGUCGCAGCAACUGGGGUGACCAACGGGUUGUCGUGGUGGGAAGCAUGGAUCUGUGUCAUACUUGGGCAUUUGAUCGCAGGCAUUCCAAUGAUCAUGACCGGUCGUGGUGGUGCCGUCUAUCAUGUCCCAUUCCCAGUCCUGGCCCGGUCCAGCUUCGGCGUCUUCGGAGCAUACUGGCCGGUGUUCAACCGUGAAGCUAUGACCAUCAUCUGGUGUGGUGUGCAGAUGGUGCAGACCGGCAAUUGCGUCUAUACCAUGAUUCUUUCCUGGACCAAAGGGAUCUCCAAAGUCAACAACCCCUUCCCCAGUGAUGUGUCCAUGACGGGUGGUCGACUCAUCGGCUUCGUGAUUGCUUGGGUUAUCCUGAUGGGUUGCACUUUCGUGCCCGUCCACAAAUUCCGGAAGGUCAUAUAUGUCAAAUCUGUCGUAACGACCAUUUGCCUGUUGGCCUUCUUUGGCUGGUCCCUCGGAAGAGCUGGUGGCGUUGGCAACAUUGUCAAGCAGGGUGCUCAAAUACCGAAGGGCAAAUCCCACGGCUGGGUUUUCAUUCAGCAGCUAUUCAUUCAAGCUGCCAAUGUUGUGACUUUCGUCGCCAACAACGCGGAUCUCAGUCGUUAUGCUCGGCGACCAAUUGAUGCUCUGUGGACUCAACUCAUCGGGUUCACGGUAUCCUUUGGAUUUAUCGCCUUCUUCGGUAUCAUGAUCACAUCCGCCUCUGCAAUCACUACAUCGACUGGAAAGAUCAACUGGGACCCAAUGGGAAUUCUGGCUGCAUAUCUUGCAGACUACUCGUCGGCUAAUCGCGCGGGUGUCUUCUUCAUUGCUGCCGGCUUCUCGUUCGCGCAGAUUGUUACGGUCAUUGUCGCAAAUCUCAUACAGUCCGGCAACGAUGCGGCUGCGCUAGCUCCAAGAUAUAUCAGCAUUCGUCGAGGCAUGAUCAUUGCCCUGGUUCUCGGCUUCGCGAUCACGCCAUGGAACUUGACCAAAAGCUCAUUCUCGUUCACCUCGUAUCUCUCCGCAUACUCUAUCUUCAUCGCCUCGAUCUGCGGCGUCAUCAUCGGAGAUUACUUCCUGGUGCGAAAAGGCUAUAUCGAUCUUCCUUCACUAUUCAACUCGCGCGAAGGUGGUCUGUACUACUUCAAAUUCGGCUUCAACUGGCGUGGCUACCUAGCCUACAUCAUUGGCAUGAUACCAGCCAUUCCAGGGUUCUUGCACACUUGUGGCGUCAAAAGUGUCAGCAAGGGCGGUCAAUAUCUCGGCUAUUUUGGAUUCCCGCUCGGGGUUUUCCUGGGUGCUGUUGCGUACUGGGGACUCUGUCUCCUGUCGCCCGUUCCCGGCGGCAAUGCUACCACCUGGCACGAAGUCGAGCCGAUAGGCACCGGAAUCACAGGCGAGGAGACACUUGAGUAUAUGGAUGGUGUCAGUCGAGAGUAUACCAAAGACUCUGACAAUGCUGACCACAAGUCGGCCGAUGCCUCAGAGAAAGUGGUAUCAGGUGUUUGA